AUGGAACUGGAGGUAUUCGUCUCGAAACAGCAAACCCCAACUACGUGCCAGCCCUUCAAGCGUUCCAAGAAGACGAGGACUUCCAGCAAUUCUUUGCCUCCAAGCAUGAGGACCCAGCGUUCUUUGACGACUUUGACUUCCCUCUUCCCCUUACAUUGGGCAAUGCUACACUACGAUGCCAUGAUGACGGUUGAUAGAGCUGCCUGUGAGGCGCAAAGCGAGUUCCCGACUCCGACGGAGCUCUACCAACAAAUGGUACGAACGGAAUUCGAUGGGGCUUCUGGAUAUGUUGCCUUUAAGAGCAGCACUGAAACCAGGGACUUGGAAGGUCUACGUUUCAUUAUAGAGAAUGUGCUGACGGAGCAAGACGAAGAUGGAGCGGCACAGAUCACUAUAGUCAGAGCUGCAAUUGUCAAUCCAAGUGCGGACAAUAACACUGUGGAGAUUCUCGAACCUUUUGUGUACAAUGACAACACUACGACGCCACCUUCCUCCUUGCCUCCAUUGGAGCCAGAUCAGAAUCUAGUUGGCAACGGCGUUAUCGCUACUGGGUUGGUGCUUGCGGCAGCUGUAAUGAUCAUGUCUAUCGGGUGGAUAGCAUGGGUUACUGUGCAAAGAGCGGCAAGUGUCCGUGGCUCAACCUUUCUUCCUGGACAUGAUUGCAUUGGUACGUUCAUCAUGGCAACUUCGAUCAUCCCAACCAGCUUUCAAAAGCCAAUGAGUCAAGGAGCACUCGAUGCGGGAUGUGCGCUAUUUCCUUGGCUUCUGUGCCUUGGAUUUGUCACUGCUUUCUCCGCAUUGUUCACCAAGAAUGGGAGGAUGAACUCCAUCUAUGCCAACGCCAGACGCUUUCGCCGUACCACAAUCGAGCCGAAGGAUGUUCUGAAACCCUUUCUGGUGCUCUUGACACUCAACCUUGCAUUCCUGACAGGUUUGACGGCGGCAACUCCUUGGAAGUGGAUCCGUGUGGAUGGCGAAGGACGGGACCCCUUUGGGAGGCCAACUGAAUCCUAUUGUGUCUGCAGUUCAGAGGGGCAAACGUCGGUAUCCAAGGGGUUGACAAUCGCUUUGGUCAUUGUGAACUGUGUUCCAGUGAUUCUUGCAAACUACCAGAGCUACAAGUCUCGGGACUUGCCUUCUGAAUUCAACGAAUCGAAGUACAACGCCUAUUCCUUGGCAAGCUUGUUGGAGGCCAUCUUGAUUGGGGGACCCGUCGUGAUCAUUUCGUACCAGUCACACUCGCCAACAGCUUACUUUAUGGCACGCGCAUUCCUGAUAUUCCUGACAUGCACAAUCAUAUUGCUGUUCAUGUUUGUGCCAAAGUGCGCAAAGUUGAAUUUUGGGGACAAAUCCACCAGAAGGUUGACUACGGUUUAUGACUCGAGUGAGACGGCGUUUCUGUCGAGAUUGACCAACGCCACUUCGAGGGCAGAUACACUGAGUCUGAACGUAGGAAGCGACCAUCAUUCCGUGGGAAGCUGCAUGGAGGCCUUCAAAUCAUAG